AUGGCAGACCAUCAAUCCUUGAGCAAAGAGAUCGACCAGCCUGAAGCCACUCGACCUGACGUCCAAGACCUUGUAGCUAGUCUUCCCAGGAGGGAUGGAUGGUCCACGACGCCACUCACGCUCUACAACAACUACUGGCUCAGAUCACACAUGGUUGCCAAAUUCAUGCUCGUGAGGGACAACUUCAAGCCCCGCCGCGACGACGUCGUCCUCGCCACGCACCCCAAGAGCGGCACCACCUGGCUCAAGUCCCUCGCCUUCACCAUCUUCAACCGCUCCCGCUUCACCUUCGCCAACACUCCUCUGCUCAAAAGCAACCCGCAGCUCGUCGUGCCCUUCAUCGGAACCACGGAUGGAGAGCUCGACCACCUCGAGACGCUGCCGUCGCCGAGGCUGCUCUCCACGCACCUGCCGCUAUCGCUGCUCCCGCCCGCCAUCUCCACCGUCGGCUGCAAAGUCGUCUACCUCUGCCGGGAGCCAAAGGAUUCGUCUGUGUCAAGGUGGCACUUCGAGAACAAGAUCGCUACAGGGGCUCCGGUCAGCCUCGACGACGCGUUCCACCUCUUCUGCCAAGGGGUGUCACCCUUCGGCCCUUUCUGGGAUCACUAUCUUGAGUACUGGAAAGAAAGCUUGGCGAGGCCGCACGAGGUGAUGUUUCUCAGGUACGAAGAGAUCGUGUCUGACCCGCUCAAGGUCGUUAGGAAGCUCGCCACCUUCCUCGGCGUCCCCUUCACCGAGGAGGAGGAGGAGAGCGGAGUCGCCGAGGAGAUUGUGAGCUUCUGCAGCUUCGAAUCUCUUCGCAAUCUCGACGUUAACAAAACAGCUGCCGGCGUUGAGCGUGCGGGAGGUAAGCUUUUCCUCCAAGGGUCUGCGCUGUUCAGGAAAGGCAAGGUUGGUGACUGGGUGAACCACAUGAGCAAAGACAUGGGAGAAGCAAUGGAUCGCCUCGUCCAGGACAAGUUCAAAGGGUCUGGGCUAGAGUUCUGA